AUGAAUAAAGUCUGGGAGUUGAUGAAGAAUCUCAAGCUGCUGUUCAUCAUGCGAUUUGUUAGAUCUGAUGGUUCAUGUAAGGCCCUGAGAGGUAUGACUGUCGGUGAUGGUAAGAAAAUCUCCAAGGCGGACGGAAGUGGUCAUGUCUCCAUUGUAGAGGGUGAGGGUAUGUGUUCUGAUCCUAACUGGGAGCCCCGUCUCACAUGCUAUCGUAUUGAUGGCGGCAACUGUCACCAUGGCCUACA